GUCAGUGGAAGCAUAUAUAUGUAUAGUGUACAGACAGAGCUCAGGGCAGGGUGAAUUAUUUAAGUGUGCGCAGUGAAGUAAUUAAAAGUGCGUAGUGAAGUAUAGAAGUGUGAAGAAAUACCAAGGAGGACCUGAGAAGAAGAAGAGGAAACAGAAGGAGAAGAAGAAGGAAAAAAGAAGAAGAAGAAGAAGAAGAAGAAGAAGAAGAAGAAGAAGAAAAGGAAGAAGAAGAAGAAAAAGGAAAGAAGGAGAAGAAGAAGAAGAAGGUGAAGAAGAAAGCAGUAGUCCCCAGCCCCAGACCCAGACUCAAGGGCACCUGUAACAUCAAGAUCAAGAUUAAGACCAGCUGUUUACGUGAUGGCUGGGCUGGCCACAGCCACUGUCAGGGCCGCCAAGGGCAGGCGACUCAUCCCCACCAGGGCCGCCCUCGUGCUGACCCAGAGUGCGGUGAGCAAAGUGAAGGAGCUGCUGUCGAAGAACCCUGAAGCCAUCGGGCUGAAGGUGGGUGUGCGACAGAGGGGCUGCAACGGCCUGAGCUACACCCUCGACUAUGCCUCGGAGAAGAGCAAGUUUGAUGAGGAGGUGACCCAAGACGGGGUGAAGGUGAUCAUUGACAAGAAGGCACAGCUCACCCUCCUGGGCACCGAGAUGGAUUACGUCACCAACAAGCUGUCCUCGGAGUUCGUCUUCAACAACCCAAACAUCAAGGGAACGUGUGGCUGCGGCGAAAGCUUCUCCAUAUAGUGCCGAGUUAGUCCAAGUUGUAUUUUAAGUAGAUAGUAGAACAUAUACUCUGUUCAGCCUAAGGUGAGAAUGCGUCAGAGAGGAAGUCAUGCCUGCAACCCUCCUACCCCCAUUUUUUUACAGCAGGGGGGGGGGCAGCUCAACGGCAAAAAAACAAAACCACUAAAAAAAGCCCUGUAAAUGCUGCUACAACAAAAGAUUAAAGAAUAGGAGGCCAAAAGAGAGGUCGAUUUCGGGAUGAGAAGUGUUUUGAUACUCUCCUCCUGAAAGACGAAGGAAGGCUGGUGCAGAGUUUACCAGUAGAAGGGAUGAAAGAAUGAAGAUGCUGGUUAACUCUUGCAUAAGGGACUUGGAUAGCAUAGGGAUGAGCUAGAGUAGAACGUCAUGUGCACCUGAAGCCAGAUUUUGCUCAGCCCUCAUCGGAUCAAAUGUCCACCAGUCACCAGCCCCGGAGCAGCUGUGCCCUUCCUGUCACUUAUGGGGAGGGGUGACUUUCCUGAUGUGUUCUUACCUUAGGCAGAAUAAAGUACAAUAGAUUGUUUAUUUGAAGGCCAAUCUUUUGCCUUACACAUAAUUGAGGUCCUGUUGACGGGUUUUCGUUUCCGUAUGUAGAUCUUUCUUUGUACACAAGGAAGGUCUUUUGAGUAGUCGAGCGAAUCUUCCGACUUCCGCACUCCCAAGAUCUGUUUCGGUUUAGAAUUUUGUAUGCAGAUCUUUCUAUAUUCUUUCUCUGUACGUAAGAAGUAUCUGUAAGGGAAGAUUACUGUCUGGUCUUUGGUUACAUGCGCUUAUGAUCGUGGGAUAUAACUGUCAUCAUCAUCAUGUGUUAUCAGGUUUUCCUAUAAUCUGUUACAAGGUUGAUGAUAUAAUUGUCUGAUAUUUUUAUAGUCUCUUGCAAGGUUGAUGUACAUACACUUAAGAUCACGUGAUAUAAUUGGCAUCAUCAUCAUCUGUUUAACAUCAGGUUUUCCCAUAAUCUCUUAGAAAGUUGAUGAUGUAAUUGUCAGAAAUUUUUACUGUAGAAUAAGACACACCUGAUGAUGAAAUUUGAAGUCAGAUCAAUAACUUCACAUAAACAUUUACAUAAACAUCAGACUUCACAUAAGCAUGAUCUGAUAAUAAAUUGGCGAACCGGAUUUUCGAUUAUGUAUAGCAAAACAUGUUGACAAAUAAGGUAUCAAUCUGCCUCUCCAAGUCUCCAUUGAGUGUCCAUGUCUCACAACCAUAGAGUAAGACAGGGAGCACAAGGGACAUCUGAUGACAAAAUUCAAAGUGAGAUUGCAACUCUUUUGGAAAGUUGUAGAAUUUUAAGCAAGAUCGAAGACUUCACACAAACAGCCUGAUGAUAAAAUAGUGAACUGGAUCUUUGAGCAUUUAUAAGCAGAACAUGUUGACAGAUUUAAAGACAUGUCAGGAAGUUAAGGAAAGGUCUCGAGGUUUAAUUUAAAUCCAAAUCAAAUUUGCUGAUAAAAGUGUCAUGUGUUUGGGCAGAAAAAGCUAGAUGUUCACAAAUUAAAGGUCAUGUCAGAAAGUUAAGGAGAGGUCUAUUGAUGUAAUUUAAAUCUAAGUCGAAUUUGCUGAUAAAAGUGUCAUGUGUUUGGGUAGAAAAAGCUAGAUGUUCACAAAUUAAAGGUCAGGUCAGGAAGUUAAGGAAAGGUCUCGAUAUAAUUUAAAUCUAAGUUGAAUGUGUUGAUCAAAUGGUGUGUUACGUCGGCACAAGAAUCAAGACACUGACAAGACUUUACCCAGGUUAUAACUAUACAAAAGGAAGGUCUGGAUAAGAUUCUAAAGCAUAUCUUGGAGGAGGGCGAGUGCAAACAGUGUUCAAUUCUAAGGGAAAGAUUUUACUCAGGCGGGCAACUAAACAAAGCAAAGACCUGUGGAUAAGAUUCUAAGGCAUAUCUUGGGCUAGGGAGUGUGUAAAUAAAUGUGCAAUUCUAAGAUGAUAGUGAGGGACAGUUUGUACAUUUCCGUCGCAUCUUGCCCCGUCGUUCGCACUUAGUUAAUUAUUUCCUUGGCUUUGGGGGUUCAGCGCUGCGUCACCUUCAUGGCGCUGAUGUCCCGGUGCUGAGUGGUGUGUCUACCUAAUGUGGUUGUUGUCUGAGGUGCAGCAGGGGGUGUGUGGCUGUGGCUGUUGUGCUGUCCCUCUUCUGUGUCGGGCUCUCCCUCAUGCUUAUUUGUGUACACUCACAGAGGGAGGUGUUGGUGCAGCGCUGGAAUUCAGGAUUAAGUUUUAUGAGACUAUACUUUUUAUGUCUUCAACAAUUGUCUGUUCUCCAAUCCAUGAUGCUCGCUUCCUGUCUCUCCAGUUAUACCCUGCAUUUUUCUUGGUUAUGCAGCUCCACUUAAAUAGAGUGAUGUUACAUAGGAGGUGGACUUGUUCCGAACCCAGUUGUUUUUUCUGCCUAUUGUCAUCCACAUCUGCAGCUCAAUACACUCCCACAUAUUCACUGUGCAAGAUAUUAAGUCAGUGCUUAGCGAAUAGGACACAGGCUGGCAGGUACAACACAACCGGCCUGCCCUCCCCAGGCUGUGCACGCCCCACACACUCACCGCAGAAUACCGUGUUAGCGCUUAAGACAGAGGCUGGCAGUCAGUCACCGGCCGGCCAGACAGAGUUGGCAGGUCUGGCUCAGCUGACUCGCUACAAGCUGUGGUGUUGGAGCUCAUUUGAAUGUAUAAUGUAAAUAUGCAAAGAAAACUAUUAAUAUAUUAUAUUUUAGUUCA